AUGGUGCCCGCCUGGAUGGUGCCGCCGCCGUUGCCGUUCGCUCCGCACAACAAGUUACCAGCCCUUCCGAAAGGAGGAAGGAGGCGCUGCAGAGGAGGGGAGGGGAGGGGAAGAAGAGGGGGAGGGGAGGCGAGAGCAGAGAAGACAGAAGAGAGAGGAGCCGGCAGCGGAGCACCCACACUGGCGGCGGCUGGAGCGCGGGGUGAGGAACCGGGAGGGGGCAGGAGGGGGAGUGGUCAGCUGGCGGGGGGGGGGGGGGAGCGCGGCUUCUCCAGCCCUCCUUCCCCUCUACGCGCUCCUCUUACACGCAGCCGGGUGCCUGGGUCGCGGGUGUGCGAGUGUGAGCGUGGGUGCGUGAAUGGCCGUGGCCGUGGCCGCCAGCCGGGUUGCUUCAGGGGCCCGGCUGCUCAGCGCGUCCGCCCGAGGCGCACGGGGGCCCGGGGCGGCCGCUGGUUGGCUCACGCGCCGCCCUCGCCUCCAAUCCCCGGUGCCUGUCCUAAUUUCCUGAUCCAGGGAACCUGCCGCCGCAGCAGCUGUGCGCUCCCUACAGUCAUUACUGUACCCUCCCGGCAGCGGCCAACAGUCAAGGCAGCAGCAGCAGUUAGCGCUGAUGCAACUAUCGCGGCUAUUGCCACCGCCUCCCCACUAACCCGGCUUGCAGUUGGGGGGCACUUGCAGCUUCCAGGGGCAACAAGCAUGUCUCUACCCCCCUCUCCUGCGCCCCUAAGAGAGGCUGUGUUGUUUUGCCAAAGAAGAGGCUGGCUGUCAUUUUCAUUGAAGAUUGAAAGAGGAAUAUUAGAAAUGUCACCUGCUGGCUAUCACGGUAAUGCAGUCAGCAGCUCUAGCUCUCAGCUGACUGCCCAGAAGAAACUUUUAGAGGAACUGAAAUGA